AUGUCACCAACAUCCGAAGAGGAGAAACUUGAUGUGUCAAACAUACCAUAUCGUGAAGCAGUCGGAUGUUUGCUCUAUUUGUCCAUCACUUGCCGGCCGGAUAUUUCAUUCGCUGUUAGUCAAGUGGCCAAAUUUUGUCAAAAUCCAGGACGUCCACACUGGAAUGCAGUAAAGAGAAUUUUGUCGUAUCUUGCAGGAACCCCAAAUCUUGGAAUUCUUUUUUGUGUAAACUCAAAACAACCUUUAGUUGGUUACACAGAUGCUGAUUACGGUGGAGAUAUUGACAGUCGCUGCUCUACCUCUGGUUUCGCCUUCUUCGUCUAUGGAAGUCUAACAUCCUGGAGUAGUCGCAGACAGAAAUGUGUGUCUCAAUCCACCACGGAAGCUGAAUAUGUCGCAGCAUCAGAAACAUCAAAGGAAGCUGUCCGGCUCAAGAGUCUACUUACAUAA